AUGGACGACGUCAUCGCGAGACUCUCAAGGCUUGGUGUAAUCACCUCAACCGAUGAGGCACCUGGUUCUGUACUGAGUAAGGCGCCUGAAAGCAAAUUCGCGGAUGAUACGUCUCUCGAUAAGCCCAGCAAUGAUGAUCGCGCAUGUGAUAUCACCAGUCUCACAUCCUCCAAAGUUGCUCAGCUUUCGCGAAUCGAUUCUCACGAGGAAACGGCAGAAGAUAUCGAUUCUCUCAAGUCACAACUUGCACAGGUACAAGAAGAGUUGCGGCAAAUCAAGAACAAACGACUGCAAGGUCUUAAGAAAGGAGGCGUACUCGCAAACAAACUCAAACAAUGCGAGGACGAAUUAAAGCAGACCCAGCUGGCAAACAUAUACCUCGAGCGGCGGGAUAGCGAACGGGCGAUGGAGUUAGACGGAAGAUUCUCUACAGCCCCUGACAACAUACACAUCGAGAAGUUUCCUGGGAAAGGCAACGAUCUAUCAAUGAAGGUCGUCUUAUCUAGGACGUUUACGUUUACGGAAAGAUACAAGUCCGCAUAUGAGAUGGUUCGGGACAAUGCCGCUAUUGGUUGCUUGAGACUGAAUGGGCGCUUGUACAUCGCUAAAUCUGGAAAGACGCGAGAAGACUUUGGCGACUUCAUCAAUAGUGAUCAUUGGACGUCCGAAGCCGAAUUCCUUGGCGAGAUGGUCGAGUCUCCACUGGAUAGAGGAUAUGCGACUCAUGUAGAGCCGCAGUUGAUGGCCUUUUACAUCACCCGCACCCUUUCGGAGUCAGGACACUUUCUAGGAGACUUCGUCAACACGUCAAUAGUUCCCGUCAAGGAGAGUCGCACAGAACUCAAGGAUAUCAUCAUCAGCGUUAGCGAGCCGAUAUGCGAAAGCUGCACGACGCUUACAACUAAAGUCAACGGAUAUGCUGAACAUCAUGGAUACCGUUUUACGCUGAAUAACAGAAGAAAGUAUACCACCGACGGAAAUAAACAGCGUUCUUGGGAUCCACAGCCUGUUCGUUUUGCGGACCGAUGA